CAGCAGUAUCGUACGGACAGGAGAGUCCAGUGUGCAAGCGACGAGAACGUAAUCAGAUGGUGGUGAAGACCGUGGAUUGACAGGUCGUGGGGUGUACGAGAGUGAGAGAGAGAGAGAGAGAGGUGAGGGAGAGAGAGAGAGAGAGAGGAAGAACAAGCAUUUACGUGACGGCGGUGGCGUAGGCUCUCUCUCUGUGGCAGGGACGAAUUUUUUCUGUGUGUGUGCGCGCGCGAGCGAGCAAGGGAGAGAGAAAUAAACAGUAAGGAAAAAACGAAGAAGAGAGAGAGAGAGAGAGAGAGACAGGCAGAGCGACAGGCACGAGUGAGAAACACGACUAGUCGACGAACGCGAACGGGCUCGUCAUCAAUGGUGACGAAAUGAUCUGCUAGCCCUGUGCUUUCUGGCCUGGUCCGGACGAGAAGGUGGCCGACGAGAACGAGGAGGAGACGUGAACGUGUGGAGCAGGAGGAGCAGGACGACCAUUCUUGUCUGGAGAAGUGCGUUGCCACAGUGCUCAAGAACGACCGCAAGGGUUGCUCUCUCCCUCUUGCGCCUAAGAGUGUGUCCUCGGAGGGUAUCCGUGAGGCGCUCCAUCCAGGGGGCCCACCCGGGCACGGCGGCCUGUGAUCGGGCUCAGCUGAUCCACGCGCAGCGAGCUAGAGGAGGAGAAGAGGAGGAGGAGUAGGAGAAGGUGGUGAGAGGAGGUGGCGGUGACGCGGAGGAGGAAGCGCUGGUGGACGCUAGCAGCGCUGCGGGGCGAGAGGAAGGACUCCUGCCAAACACAGCCGCGGACGAUCAGCACCGAUAAAAUAUGUCGUCCCCCAGCGCCGGCAAGCGACGUAUGGACACGGACGUUAUCAAACUUAUAGAAAGCAAACACGAGGUGACAAUCUUAGGAGGGCUAAAUGAAUUCUCCGUUAAGUUCUACGGUCCACGAGGGACGCCUUACGAGGGUGGCAUAUGGAAGGUGAGGGUUCACCUGCCGGAGCAUUAUCCGUUCAAGUCCCCUUCAAUUGGCUUCAUGAACAAGGUCUACCAUCCUAACAUUGACGAAGUCUCAGGCACCGUGUGUCUAGACGUUAUAAACCAGGCUUGGACAGCCCUUUACGACUUGUCGAAUAUUUUCGAGUCUUUCCUGCCCCAAUUGUUAACAUAUCCCAAUCCAAUCGACCCCCUGAACGGCGACGCUGCCGCGAUGUAUCUUCACAAACCGGAAGAGUACAAGAAGAAGGUAGCGGAUUACGUCAGGAAGUACGCGACGGAGGAGGCGCUGAGGGACCAGGAGAACGGCGGCACCGGGAACGGGAUGUCCUCCGACAGCGAGUCCUCGAUGAGCGACUUUAGCGAGGAUGAAGCCCAGGACAUGGAGUUGUAACCAAAUAUUUUACCAUCCGUACCCAUAUCCUUAAUCUCGAUUCCCUGUAAGACCCGAUCGCUCGUCCUACCAAAUAGAUGCUUACACCCGAGACUCCGAGCCUCACUCCCGGUGACGGCGACGAGCCUCGUCGUCGUCGUCGUCGUCGCCAUCGUCGCCGUCGUCGCCGCUGCCGCCGUCGCCGCUCUCGUCGUUCGUCGUACGUAUGUCGAACUUCCGACGAGGAGGUGGCUGUUGUUUAGUGCGCGUACGCCCAACGGGCGAGCCAAGCCUCGGCUUGACGAGAGUGAAAGCGACAGUGGCCGACGAGGUGAAAAGGGAGAAUCGCGCGGGGGUGCGCCGCGCGCUUCUCCGUUGAGGGGAAGCGGUCCUCGCCGAGCGCACCGAGGGACGCUUUCGGUCACGGUAAUGUCCAAUGACCCGUUGUCCGAGCUCCAUUGAGUUGUUCCGUUAAUCCGUUUGCUGCGUUCAAUUACCACGAUCACGAUGAUGCGCCCGUUCGCGCGCGACCAACGCGUCCGUAGACACGGACGAAACCCGCGGUCUCUGCGCAUGGAGUCUGAUUCUUCUUUCUCCGAGGAGGAGAACGGUGGGAAAAGGAAGGAAGGACGCGCGUAUGUGUGUGUGUGUGUGUGUGUAAGAGAGGGGGAGGAAGUGAUGAGGAGAGAAAGAGAGAGAGAGAGAGAGAGAGAGAGAGAGAGAGAGAGAGAGAGAGAGAGAGAGAGAGAGAGAGAGAGAGAGAGAGAGAGAAAGAGGACCAUCCCUGGUAUUUACGGGUCUUUAUAUCCAUCGGUCGGUCGACGCGACGUCGAUUCUCGUGAUCGCCCGUAGUACCCGGCGAUUCCGACAUCGGUCAGGCAUCAAGUGCGUAUCUACGAUGCGCGUUUCUGUGUGAUUGAGAGAAGCGAUGGUGAAAUCGAAACGAGAGAAUGUUUCUAGCAGUCGUACGACGAACCAACUACGGAAACAGAGCGAUAGGUGUAUGAUUUGGGCCGGUCGUGUUCCCCCCUCUCCCGUUUCGAGAUUCUCUCGCCCUCGUUUUUUUCUCGUUCUUUCUUCCGAGCACCGCAGGUGUGUGCAUGUCUGUGCGUGUGUGUUGUGUUAUUCGACAAAGAAGAAAAACACGCGAUAAUAAUGAGGGAUCGAAUAGAAGAACGCGUGCGUGCGCUGAAAGCCCUCGUGUCGAAGCGCAGGCUGCGCGUCGUCGGAGAGAGAUGCGCACUGCGAGAGAUCUCAAAAUGCAACGGCAUCCGGCGGUCACAUCUUCUUCACGACUAACGACUCCUUUGCCGCGGAUUAAGUACUGCGUCGGUAUCUUUGUUUAAGAGCGAUAUCUUCACGUUUGAAAUUACGAUUGUUCAUCUUCCUCCUCAUUACGCGGUUUUUGCGAAGGAUACACUAAACGCACUAGGCAUUGCUUUAGAAAAAAAAAGAAAGACGAGAAACAAGACAGGAAGACAAAGAAACGAUGAGUUCGUCUUCGAAAUGCUUUCAUUUCUAUCGGUCGAUCGAUCGAUCGAUUGAUUGAUUAAUUGAUUGAUUGAUUGGUAAAACCGGUACGUGUCGCGACAGUGUUGACGAUUUUUCCAUUAAGGCAGGUCUUUGUUUGUGCAACAAUGAGAGACACAAAAUGCGAUGGAGUAUGGGUACUAGCACCGUCUUCCUUUUUCCUGCCAUCACCAUUCCCAAAACGUUUCCCUCGUAGGAUGCAUCAACGACCGAUUGCCACAUCGUCGUCGUCGUCGUCGUCGUCGUCAUCGUUGUCGUCGUCGUCGUCGUCGUCGUCGUCGUCGUCGUCGUCGUCGUCGUCGUCGUCGUCGUCGUCGUCGUCCACGUCGUCAGCGGUGGCGGUGGAAAAAAGAUCGAAUCUACCACAUAAACGACCGCACGACCGCGACACGAACGUCGAGACAAUGCAACCGCCGUCCAAGAUGGCGCGAUCGUCCUACUGGCGCGGGAGAGUGGGCGCAAACGAGACUCUGAAUACGUUCCGAGCAUCCUCAGCGGCUCGUUUCGAGCUUCACGCAACGGACUGGCGAUACACGGAAAGGACACAAGCGGACGAAGCUGCAGAACUGUCCUCAUCGUGUGUCCAUCCCCCGGAAGUGAAUGUAGAUUUAGUCGAUCCGGGAGGGUGCGAAUCGGACGGCGUUUAACGUUUGCUCCGCAAGUUUUAAGUCAAUUUGUAUUUUGUUUUAAUCUCAUUGUCACAUCUGACUCAUUAUAGAUUUCGUAUAGGAUAUCAUUGUUAUACAUUAAGAGGAGAACGUGCAUACAUUAAAUUGGUUUCUUACGA